UGUUGCUUCAACAAAUAUUUCUUUGCACAACUCAUUGAAUUAAUUCUGUAUUCUAUCAGAAGCAUAUUUAUUUAAUCGGUGAUCGAUAUUCUACUUGAUAUUUUAAGUUUCAAAUUAUAAAAUUAUGAAAAUAAAAUCAUUUAAUAUUAUUAAUUUUUGACUAAUUACACUGAGUAGCAAGGUUUUGUAAAAUGAAAAAUAGUACUUAGGUACCGGUUGUUUAAAACUUUCAUGAUGUUCAAGUUUAUUGGAACUAUUUUUUCGGUGAUAUUAAUAGUGUUAGCUCAAGAUUGUAUACCAGUAGAUUUUGGAAGUGAUUCUACAGUAUGUCAGUGUAACUCUACAUAUUGUGAUUAUUACUCUGAUCCUGCAUCGCCCAAAAAAGGCGAGUUUAUUUGGUAUGUUUCGAGUAAAAGUGGUGAACGAUUAAAGCGCUUUGGUGGAAUCAUUUCAAAUCACGCUGAAAAUACCUACAACAUAAAAAUUGAUUCUAAUACUCAGCAUCAAAGUAUAGAAGGCUUCGGUGGAGCGUUCACAGAUUCAGCAGGAAUUAAUAUUAAAAAGCUUAGUAAAGGAUGUCAAGAUCACAUAAUGAAAUCUUACUUCAGUAAUGAUGGGAUUAAGUAUAACCUUGGACGCGUACCAAUAGCUGGAACUGAUUUUUCUACACGUCCUUACACUUAUGAUGACAGUCCUGGUGAUACUGAACUUGAAAACUUUAUGUUAGCUAAGGAAGAUUUUGUUUAUAAAAUGCCAUUAAUGAAGCAAGCUUUAGACCUCAGUCCAUCGUUACGUUUCGAGACAUCUGCUUGGUCUGCUCCUCCUUGGAUGAAAAAACACGAUCAAUAUAAUAACUUUGGUGCUGGUCGUGAUGAGAAUCCUAAAGUUAUUUUGGGAUCUUGGUCACGAGCAGAACAAUUGGUCAAAAAAUUAUUUGAAAAUUUUAACCAUUGGAUUGUUGGCUGGAUUGAUUGGAAUCUGGCUCUGGAUAAGCAAGGAGGACCAAAUUGGGUCAAUAAUUUUGUAGAUGCAUUUAUAAUUGUUGACCCAGACAAAGAUGUAUUCUACAAGCAACCCAUGUUUUAUGCCUUUGCACAUUUCAGUAAAUUUGUGCCACGAUCCUCGGUUAGAAUCAAUACAAGCUCAUCAGAUGAUAUAGUUUUAUCUACAGCUUUUAAAACCACAAAUGGUGAAAUAGUAGCUCUAUUGUACAAUACGAGCGAUAAAAAGAAGAGUGUCACCAUAUCUGAUAAAAAAGUGGGAAGUAUAAAUUUGGUGCUCCCCCCAGCUUCUAUUCAUACCAUUUUAUACAAAAAUUAA